AUUACAGGCGUGAGCCACCGCGCCCGACCUUUAUAAGCAUUUUAAAUCCUCCUAGUGCUAGAAACCAUUUUCCAAAUACAGAUUUAGGAUUAAACCCAUGCCAAACCUGUACAGGCACAUGUGCCAACUUUGUUAUGUCCUUAACUGUAUUUUUGACUACUUGGCCCUUGAUUAUUUAUAUGCAGACAGCAAUUGGUUAGGUUAAAUUUUCCAUAGCCCCUCCUUUAGUUGCUAGCAAGUAGUCUAGUGCCCAUCUAUUUUGAUAGAUAGCAUUUUUCAUCUGGGUUUCUUACCGGGCUAAAACAUUUAAAGCUCUGCCAAUUUUAUUAGUGGUUAUUUCUAAGAUAGCUUGUAACCGUAUGAUCUGGUUGAACAUGUAAAUGGGGCUUUCUUUUUUUUCUGUUUUAGCUAUUUUUUUUACUUCUAUUGCCUAGAAAAGAACUAGUUUUUAAAUCUUAUUUCAAAGACUAUGAUCAUGGGAGACUCAGAUGGGUUAUAGUACACAUCAGGUUGGGCAUUUCCUGGGUUACACACUUUGUACUGAGUCGUGUUAUACAGGCAAGUUCCUUUUAAAAUUUCUAGGCAUUCAUAAUAACUAUAAAACAGGAAGAUUGUUUUAACUUGUAGCCCUACCUCAGUAACCUGAUGAAUACACGGGGAACAAUCUUCCGUGGGGGGAAAAUCAGUUGAAGUCCUUAUUGUUGAAGUCCAAAUUUUAAGGAGAAUGAGUCCCAUGACACAUUUCCUCAUGCUUCGGCCUCACGUAGACCAGUCAACUUCCAGGUGUGACGGGAGCAGGGCUCGUCGUCUUUUUCAGAGUCACUUUGCAUGAGUUAUCUGGGCCUGGUCUCGCCUCCCCGGCCUUAGGUACUGAAGGUUUUACAUAACCGUGGCAGAUCCAGGCCGGGAUUCCCUCUACCUUCAUGGCAGUGGGAGUGGUCUGGUGUCCCUUCCACCAUGGGCACAAGGGGGCUACGUUCCAGUCCUUGAUCCACACUCGAUCACAUGGGGAGAAAGGGUGAACUGGGGAGAAUAAGCUAAUGGGGCAUUUCUCAUUUACCCAGGCUGAGAUUGUUUGUGUAAUUUUUCCUAAGGCCUGUAGCUGUCGCUGUAACUUAAUUUCACCUAACUCUCAGGGAGUGCCUGGAAGUCCCCAUAGUUUGGGAGGAGGUCUAUGAUAUAAUAUUUCAUAAGAGGAAUAUCCUGUUUUUCUAGAAGGGGUAAAUUUAAUCUUAAAUAAUACCACAGGGAGAGCUUGUACCCAUUUUAAUCCUGUUUCUUGACAUGCUUUCCCUAAACUAUUUUUGAUAGUCUGACUCAUCUGCUCCACCUUUCCGGAACUCUGAGGUCGGUAGGCAGCAUGCAGUAUCCAUGUGAUCCCCAAUACCCGUGCUGUUUUCUGUACCAAGUCAGCCAUAAACACCAGCCCGUUAUUUGAGCCAAUUCGUAAGGGCAGUUCAAACCUAGGAAUAAGAUCUCGAAGAAGCACACGGGUUACCUCAACAGCUUUCUCAGUUCGCGUUGGAUAAGCCUCCACCCACCCACAAGAACUAAUAAAUACUUGCUAUCUUCACAUUUUGGCACUUCUGUGAAGUCUACUUACAGAUCUUCAGCGGAAGCUGCUCCAUAAGCUUGUAUGCCGGGCGGGAUGGUUGGAUCCUGCCUUGCAUCGUGUUGUUGGCAGAUAAUACAUCGCUGUGCCACUGUUUUGGCAAGGUCUGGUAAAUGAGAUGUAGAAGUACUGGCCUAACAACUUUUCAAGUGACUCCUGGCCUAGAUGGGUGGUUUUAUGCACAGCCAGUAUGACUGCAGUUCCCAGCAGCUGUGGCACAGCUACUCUCCCAUCCAGUAACCGGAUCCAUCCUUCUUCCAUCACCUGUCCUCCCUCUGCCUGGAGAAAGUCCUUUUCUUCUUUAGAAUAAGUAGGUAAAAGGUAGGCCACUGGCCUUGGCCAGGGCCCCACAGUCUGGGUUAGAACUCCAACUGCCAUUUUUUUCUUUUUCUGACACAUACAGUGUAAAAGGCUUUGUCAGAUCAGGUAGCCCCAGGGCUGGGACUGACAUAAGUUUUUCUUUUAACUCAUGAAAGGCUCACUGUUGUUGGGAUUCCCAUUCAAAAGGUUCCCAGUACCCGCCUUUGUGACCCCAUAUAGAGGUUUGGCCAGUACUGCAAAGUUUGGGAUCCACAGUCUGCAGAACCCUAAGAAUUCUCUCACCUGCCUUCUGGUUUUAGGCUACAGUAGGCUGCAAAUGACCCGCUUUCUUUCUGAGCUUGAUUGACCAAGCGCAAGUCCUGUACUGGCCUGUGGUCUUUGGUCCCCGGCUUGGGAAAAGGCAGGAGGGGAGUGUUCCAUGGAGACUGACAAGGGACUAUAAUUCCAAAGGCUCUCAGGUGCUUGAGAUGGACCUGGAUACCUUCAAGAGCUUCUCUGGAGGACCGGGUACUGUUUUUGCCUGACCAGCUGGGCCCCAGGCUUAACUUCUGUAAGUACAGGGGUUUGGUUGACUGCCAGCCCUGGAGGGUUAUCUUCCGCCCACAGCUUUGACCACCACUCAGCCAGAGCUGGUCUUAUCUCUUAGCCUGGCUUGGUUAAGAAAAGUCUUCAUUCCUCCUCCCGGGGGACCGUAAGGGCCAUGAUGACUCCCUUUCCAGAUAACUUUAGCUGUAAAAGAGCUGUGCUUUGUAAAAAGAGAUGGUGGCUCUCAGCUUGCUAAGCAAGUCCCUUCCCAGCAAGGGCAAGGAGCAGUUGGGAAUGUACAAGAACUGGUGAAUUACUUCGUGUCCCCCUACAGUACAAGUCCAGGGCAAGCAGAAAGCUUGUUUUGCCGAGACUCCUGUGGCUUCGAUUGUAUCAAUAGUCUUUUUGGAUAAGGGGGCGACCGGGCUGGUUACUACUGAAUGUUCAGCACUAGUAUUGACAGGAAACUCAAAUGUCCUUGUCCCCACUGUCAUCCUGACCAUGGGCUCAUUGGGGGCACCUGAGCCGGGUCCCCCUUAGUCCAGUAACCCUUCUGCCAAAUUAAACAAGGCCCUUUCGUCCUUGCCUGAGACCUCUGGCUUGGAGCCAUUUUGUUUCUUCUUUAACUGGGGGCACUUGUCUUUCCAGUCUUAGGUUGUAAAUGAGCUGCCAAGGGAGGGGUUUCUCCUGCAGCUUCACAUUCUUUCUUGUCUGCUCUGGUUGGUCUAGGGGUGUAUGUGUCUGGUGGAGGCACAGGUGCUGUGGGCUCAGGAGUGGGGAGUCUCUCUUCCAGAUGUUUCAGGACCCAGUGGCCUUUGAGGAUGUGGCUGUGAACUUCACCCAGGAAGAGUGGACGUUGCUGGAUAUUUCCCAGAAGAAUCUCUUCAGGGAAGUGAUGCUGGAAACUUUCAGGAACCUGACCUCUAUAGGAAAAAAGUGGAAAGACAAGAACAUUGAAUAUGAGUACAAAAUCCCCAGAAGAAGCUUCAGGAGUCUCAUAGAAGAGAAAGUCAAUGAAAUUAAAGAAGACAGUCAUUGUGGAGAAACUUUUACCCAGGUUCCAGAUGACAGGCUGAACUUCCAGGAGAAGCAAACUUCUCCUGAAGUAAAAUCAUGUGACAGCUUUGUGUGUGGUGAAGUUGGCAUAGGUAACUCAUCUUUUAAUAUGAACAUCAGAGGUGACAUUGGACACAAGGCAUAUGAGUAUCAGGAAUAUGGACCAAAGCCAUAUAAGUGUCAACCGAAGCCAUAUAAGUGUCAACAACCUAAGAAUAAGAAAACCUUCAGGUAUCGCCCCUACAUUAGAACACAAGAAAGGGAUCGCAUUGGAGAGAAACCCUAUGCUUGUAAAGAAUGUGGAAAAACCUUUAUUUUCCAUUCAAGCAUUCGAAGACACAUGGUAAUGCACAAAGGGGAUGGACCUUAUAAAUGUAAAUUUUGUGGGAAAGCCUUCCAUUGUUUCAGUUUAUGUCUUAUCCAUGAAAGAACACACGCUGGAGAGAAACCAUAUGAAUGUAAACAAUGUGGUAAAUCCUUUAGUUAUUCUGCUACCCUUCAAAUACAUGAAAGAACUCACACUGGGGAGAAGCCCUAUGAAUGUAGCAAAUGUGAUAAAGCAUUUCAUAGUUCCAGUUCCUAUCAUAGACAUGAAAGGAGUCACAUGGGGGAGAAGCCUUAUCAAUGCAAAGAAUGUGGAAAAGCAUUCGCGUAUACCAGUUCUGUUCGUAGACAUGAAAAGACCCACUCUGGGAAAAAGACGUAUGAAUGUAAGCAAUAUGGGGAAGCCUUAUCCUAUCUUACAAGUUUUCAGACACACAGAAUGAACUCUGGAGAAAGACCUUAUAAAUGUAAGAUAUGUGAGAAAGGCUUUUAUUCUGCCAAGUCAUUUCAAACACAUGAAAAAACUCACACUGGAGAGAAACGCUAUAAAUGCAACCAAUGUGGUAAAGCUUUCAAUCUUUCCAGUUCCUUUCGAUAUCAUGAAAGGAUUCACACUGGAGAGAAACCCUAUGAGUGUAAGGAGUGUGGGAAAGCCUUCAGAUCUGCCUCACAGCUUCGAGUGCACGGUGGGACUCACACUGGAGAGAAACCCUAUGAAUGUAAGGAAUGUGGGAAAGCCUUCAGAUCUACCUCACACCUUCGAGUGCAUGGUAGGACUCAUACUGGAGAGAAACCCUAUGAAUGUAAGGAAUGUGGGAAAGCCUUCAGAUAUGUGAAGUACCUUCAAAUUCAUGAAAAGACAGAAAAACACAUAAGAAUGCCCUCUGGAGAAAGACCUUAUAAAUGUAAGAUAUGUGAGAAAAGCUUUUAUUCUGCCAAGUCAUUUCAAACACAUGAAAAAACUCACAGUGGAGAGAAACCCUACAAAUGCAAGCAAUGUGGUAAAGCCUUCAGAUGUUGCAAUUCCCUUCGAUAUCAUGAAAGGACUCAUACUGGAGAGAAACCCUAUGAAUGUAAGCAGUGUGGGAAAGCCUUCAGAUCUGCCUCACACCUUCGAAUGCAUGGUAGGACUCACACUGGAGAGAAACCCUAUGAGUGUAAGCAAUGUGGGAAAGCCUUCAGUUGUGCCUCAAACCUUCGAAAGCAUAGUAGGACUCACACUGGAGAGAAACCCUAUGAGUGUAAGCAAUGUGGGAAAGCCUUCAGAUCUGCCUCAAACCUUCAGAUGCAUGAAAGAACUCACACUGGAGAGAAACCCUAUGAAUGUAAGGAAUGUGAAAAAGCAUUCUGUAAAUUCUCUUCUUUUCAAAAACAUGAAAGGAAGCACAGAGGAGAAAAGCCCUAUGAAUGUAAGCAUUGUGGGAAUGGAUUCACAUCUGCCAAGAUCCUUCAAGUACAUGCAAGAACACACAUUGGAGAGAAACACUAUGAAUGUAAGGAAUGUGGAAAAGCAUUCAAUUAUUUUUCUUCCUUGCAUAUACAUGCAAGGACUCAUAUGGGGGAGAAGCCAUAUGAAUGUAAGGGUUGUGGGAAAGCAUUCAGCUAGCCUGGUUCCUUUUAUGGACAUGAAUAGACUCACACUGGAAGGAAACACUAUGAAUGCAAGCAAUGUGGCAAAGCUUUCACAUGUUCCAGUUCUUUUCGAUACCAUGAAAUGACUCACACUGGGGAGAAACCCUAUCAAUGUAAGCAGUG